AUGACUUCAUGUGAGUGCGAAGGAAGCUCAUUAAACUCGGCGUCUAUAUCGUUCGAUCAUUCUCGCGACUCAGUUUUUGAUGCGUCGUUGUGCUCAAAUCCCAUUGAUGAGACGGCUAUAAUGGAGAGUCACCUGGGUGGACGAAGGGAGAGUGCAAACCAUGUUGAUGGAAAUGCUGACCACGAUUUAAUGACCGCCACCAAAUUAAUCGAUAAUGACAAUCCUGGAGCCAUGGCCGCAGGAAUAGCAUCAGCAGUGUUUGACGGGGAGAACCAGCGACAACUCCCUUUUGUUGCCGAGGCAACCAGAACUAAUGCCCAGCAACAAAUGCCCUCAGUCACUACUGUAAACAAUAUCGAAUCGACUACCAUCAGUGACAUUCGAGGAUCUGUACUGGGAACUAACAGAUGGAAUUUACCGUCAACACCGCCGCCACCACCGCCAUCAUUUCCGCCACCUGACAUUACGCCAACAGAAGAAUCUGAAAUGAAACCAAAGUUUACUCCUUCUACAGAACCAGUGUUGAAAUUAGCUUCAGCACAAACUGGACAGAGUUAUUCAACUGACUCACUGAAGAAUCGCCAGCACACUAUUUUUGAUUUAGAAAAUACAGAACCUUCUACUCCACCGAUGGAACCGCCACCACCGCCUCCAUUGCUUGCUCAGCCGUUUGUCUCUGGCUAUCCACCAACGUACCAGUCGUCCUGUUCUACGAAGAGACUGAAAAAUUUGUUGGUUGCAGCAGAGCGUCUUACCGUUGAUGAAGGGUUCAUAGUUGGGUGUUCUCAGCUUUUGGAACAUAAGGCUAUACCGCAAUCAGUUUAUUCGCGUCAUUGGGACGCCGAAUCUAAUGGAACAGUAAGUAUUGAGCCUCAUCUCAAAUGCCGCCCGUUUAAAUUUUGGCUUUUCUGUCUGCUUAAGAGCGACUGUUUUUCAGCUUUCUGUUUUUGUGUGCAAGUUACGAAAGGACUUGAUCUGCUUCCUGUUAUGAAUAUUAUGGAAAUAGUUCGGCGUGACAGUCUCAUUUGA